GAUGUUUUAUCUACAAAAUUUUCUAUUCAUAUUUUCACUGCGAUUUGGCUGCCGUGUAAUUGCAUACACUGAGAUUUGUAUGUAUGGUUAUGGUUUAUAUUAUAUGAUCGAUGAAUUUGGCUUUGGCAAAAUAAUGGAAUCCAUGAUUAUAAUCGCUUUGGGUACUUCCUUUGUCAUGACCAUAUUAAUGUUAUAUUCCACGCUGCAGGAACAUGAAUCAACUGGCAUUAUUUUUACCUAUCUUAUGUGGGGCACCGUCACGACAAUCUUCUUAUCCAGCUAUUAUAUUAUCUGCUUUUGGGACAAAAAAAUUAUUUCGGAGGCGGUAUUCGCGGGUCUUUUGGUUGGCACUAUAGUUCUCAAGAGUUAUGCCAUGCUGGUGGUAUUAUCAUUUAUGCAUAUGCUUGUUUCCUCCGACAGCGAAGACUCCUCCUGAGACGGUGAUUUCAAUGUUUUUGAAAAAAAAUAAACCUAUUAAAUACUAAA